AUGUGUCUCAGUCAUGCUGCCAUCAUCGGCCAGCGCAUCCGCGCCCAGCGGGUCAUCAACAACCAGACAUUCGAGCGGCUGACGGCGCCGGCGGCCGGCUGCACGGCCAGCACGGCGCUGCUGGUGCUGGUCACGUCGGCCGUCGACAACUGGGAGCGCCGCCAGGCCAUCCGCGACACGUGGGGCGGAGGUGACGCCCUGGCCGAGGUCGGCGGCCGUCUGCUCUUCCUGCUGGGCGAGACAGAGCCGGAGAGCGCCGCCGCCAUUCGGGCCGAGGCGCAGGAGUACGGCGACAUCCUGCAGGAGGCGUUCAGAGACUCAUACCGCAACCUCACGCUCAAGACUAUGAUGGGGCUCCGCUGGACGGCCGAACACUGUGAUAAAGUGAACUUUGUGGUUAAGACGGAUGACGAUAUCUACUGGAAUUUGCCGCUGUUAAUGUCGCAUCUGGAGACAUUCGAUGACAGAAGGUUCAUCACAGGGUGCAUCAAGCAGUACUCGGCGCCGGAGCCCAUCAGCAUGAGCGGCGCGCAGGCCCCGCCCGGCUACCCGCUCUUCGCCGCCGGCGCCGGCUACGUCCUGACGGGCGACCUGACGGCCGACCUGUACCAGGCCGCCCGCCGCAUCCGCCUGCUGCCCGUCGAGGACGUCUUCAUCACCGGCUUCUGCGCCAAGAUGGCGCAGGCCUGGCCGCCGCGUCACCACGAAGGCUUCAGCUGCGGUAACAUCCUGGCCGACGACUGUGACCUAGUCCAGCUGUUCAACGCGCACAAGAUCACGCCCGCCCGCCAGUACCUCAUCUGGGACAAGUUCACCACUGAUCCCAACCCAUGCAUGGACUUCUAGGAGUCACCCGGUGGCGGAGCGGCUCAUCCGGCUGGAACGGGGAUCUGACGCUCGAUAAAACGCGGAGUGGUUCGAUGGCCUAUGUAUAUCCUUGGUUUGGGCAUGUGUCCGCCUCACUGCACGGGUUGAAAGCCAGACUGCUCUCCGCUCAUUUUGCAGCAUCUCAGUUAGGAUUGUUCGCGAAUCGACACAGCCAGGGGCACUACCAAUGGGUAGAGCGGGGGCGGGAGGGGCGCCGGUACUCCGCGCCACUUCCAUGGCAACAAUGCUGAUUGUAUUGUUUCA